CUAUGUGCUGCUGAUCAUCGAUCGACACACAGCGACAAAAACUGCCGCGGGAGAGACCUAGGACAGCGCAAGGCUUCCGUGAUUUUUCACAGGGACCCGAGGCAACCCGACAAAAUUUCGUCAUAAUUAUCAGCAGCAGUCAGUCCCUUCAAGUCUUCAAAAAUCUGAGUUCGUCAGCAGGCGCACCUACAUACCUGCCUCACAGCAGUGAGUCGAUCGAUCAAUAUGAGGGUGCUCUCGACAGCGACCGCCGUUCUAGCCUUCGAGCGUGGGACCGUCACCACCAGCAGCGCUUUCCAGGUCCUUGUACCCUCUUCCGGAUCCGGCAGAUCGACGGCCGCAGCACGACGGUCGUCCUCGAAUAAGGCGUUCCCGUGGGCCGCCUCAUCCUUCAGGCGUAGAGCGGCGGCGGUUCCCUUGUGGUGCACCUCCCAGACCACCGACGUCGCGGCCACUGCCGAGGGCAAGGGGGCCAAGAAGGAGGAGGGGCGAGGGCAUGGACACGGGGGGGGGGUCAAGCCCAAAACGGACAAAAACUCUUUCGUGCAGUGGGACAUGCGUAGGGCGGCGAUGAAGCUGCACACGAGGGAUCAGAGCCCCAAGGAGGGGAAGCAAGAGAACAAGGGGACCAAGUUCUCGGAUUGGAAACCUUCAAGACGAGGGUACCUGCAGUUCCUGGUGGACUCUAAGGUUGUGUAUGAGGCGUUGGAGGAGGCGUGUGGCUCGGACCCUCGGCUGGCGGAGUUCCGGAACACGGGCCUCGAGCGAACGGAGGCGUUGACAAAGGACAUCGCGUGGAUGCUCGAGGCGUACCCGGACUCGUGGGCGGAGGGGGGCGGAGGGGACGGAAAGGCUCCGUCCCCGACCGAGAACGCUCUGGAGUACGCCUCGUUUUUGAGAGAGAAGGUGGCGUCGACGCUCCCGGGGUUCAUGUGCCACUACUACAACCACUACUUUGCGCACACGGCGGGGGGGAGAAUGAUCGGCCGCAAGGUGGCGGAGAGUGCUUUGGGCGUUUUUUUCAAGCAUGUGUCGGCCUUUCCUUUCCGAUCCGAUAGCUGCCUCGAUGGCCGAACCCUGGAGUUCUACCAGUGGGGAUCGGAUGACGUCAAGGUGUUGCUCGACGGAGUGCGGGUGAAGAUCGACGCCAUGGCCAAGGGCUGGAGCGAGGAGGAGAAGGAGGCGUGCGUGUCGGAGACGGCGCGAACGUUCAACUUGAGGGUUUUUUUCGUCGGAAGGAUGGUGCUCGUGCGCGGGAUGGCGUCGCUUUGGGGGAGGGGGGAGGAGGUUCGCAUUUUUCUGGAGAGGACUGCGUGUGUUGCAGACCUCGGCCUGAUUUUUGUUUUGUGUACUAUGCUGACGGACGAGAGCGGAGGAAAUGAGUCGUCGAUGCUCUUUCUGAGGGUGAUAGAAUACGACGGCGUUUCUCCGUUUCUCGACCCUUGUCCCCUCGCUUGCGGCCGCGCGCGGGCCCCGCGCCUUUGUGUUGCAUCUUGUAGCUCUCAAUGAUGGCCGUGAUGAGCUAGUACUUGGUGGGGGCGGCAGAGCUACGUCAAGAAUCAUUGGAAUCCGUGUAUCCGGUCCCGAUCAACAACCACACCACUGAUAUCCCUUGGAAGAAGAUGCUGGUGUGCUUUUCCUCUGGGUAUAUACCGCCCUUUUACAACAGAAAACCAGAUGUAGGAGUAGGUCAGUCAGCGGGCGAAGCUCUCGCGGCAGUGGUGGUGGAGGGAGGAACGACGGGAGCUUCCAUGCGACGGAUUUUUUUCUUGACUUGACUUUUUGUCGGCGGACGUCUCCGGGCUUCUGUCCCUGUUGACGGUGUUUGUCGGGAGCAGCCGUGUGGGCGGCUUGCCUGCCUGCCUGCCUGCCUGUCUGCCUGCCUGCUUGCCUGCCUGUCUGCCUGCCUGUCUGCCUGCCUGCUUGCCUGCCUGUCUGCCUGCCUGCCUGCCUGCCUGCCUGCGAACACGAGGUGUUUGAGUUGCCACAGCAGCAGCAGCUGCCGCAACAGGGCGCCACCGGCCUGUGCUUGUGUUGGAUGGAGCGAUAUCGUGCUGGCGCUGUGCUGCUACCGUGUUGUUGUUGCGACCAGGGAUGCACUCAUUGCAUCACGAACCGUGGUGCCCACCCCCGAAUUUCAGACUUGGCCUGCGCCAUAGCCGCGUUGCGAUGCCGAAGCGUGCGUGCGUCGUUCCGCGCGCGUGUGGUACGGUCCGAAGAACGUUCCUUGAUCAGGGACGGCGGUUCCACUACCGACUAAUCUUGAAAAGGAGGUGGCAACUUGGCUGCGGGGGGAGGUUCGGAGUUGAUGCAGGAAGCAGGUUGGUGCAUCGAUGGCACUAUGAAGACACGGAAGAGGUGGUUCGAGAACUACUGCUGCGUUGCACAACUAGCUACGGUGUUCCGAACUUGGAUGGAUCUUGAGGAACUAUACGCGUGGUGUUACCUAGGCAGUGCGUGUUUUGCAGCGGCAUGCGGAAGAAUAUUUGUUGCUCCGUUGACCAAUGAGGAUUGAGGACUGAUAAUUGAUCAUUACAUGUAUUCCGGGAAUGAAUCUCCUGACCAUGUCGGUCGAUCUGUGAGCUGCGUGAGCCCGCUAGCAAGUGCAGAGGCAGAAGUUAAAUGAGCAGGGGAAGCCCUACAAGCUGUGCGCCAUCUGCGUUUUUUUAAUUGCCGCCAGGCAUGCCCG